AUCUGUCAAUCUUUCCUUUUUUCGUACACGCUCUUUGCGUUGCACGUGUUAUUUUGAGUUACUCGCUCGAUAUCUGAAUAAAAUGGAUAAACCUAACGUUCUCGCUCGCGUUGUUAAGGUCCUGGGCCGUACCGGUUCCCAGGGACAAUGUACUCAGGUCAAAGUUGAGUUCAUCGGAGAGACCAGCCGUCAAAUUAUCAGAAACGUGAAAGGACCGGUCAGAGACGGAGACAUCCUCACGCUGUUGGAAUCUGAGCGUGAAGCCAGAAGAUUAAGAUAGGGUGUGGAGAAACUACUAGGUUAAGCUCUUACAUGUAACAGUUAUUCAAGUUGUGAAAUAUAAAACCGUCAAAGAUGUAACCAGCUCAUAAAUAUACGACUUAAAUAACA